AUGAUCUGGUUUAGCCGAAUAGUCGGUGGCUUGCCGUUGAAACCUUCUCCAAAGAUCAGAGGACUUGCAUUCUCUAUUACAGCAUUCCUGUGGAGCGCAGCAUUAGUGAUGCUGCAGGAGUUUCUUUCUAGCUCCGUCCUGUACAUGUACUUCAUGGAGAGACAGGGUGGUCAGACACUGCACCCAUUCAGCAGAACCACUGACUUUGCGAUAACCCUGCACGUCGUCUCUUUGCAAGUGACGGUUGCUGUCGUAUUCUUCAGCUCCGCCCGGAAGUACCCGAGACUCGUGGACGUCUUAGACACUCUGGAACGUGUCUACCGAGAUCACCAGUGCAAGACGUCAGAGGUCAAGGUCACGGUGAAGUUGUGGGGGAUCUGCACCAUCGCACUGACCUUAGCCACCAUCGCUGCGAUAAUAACUCCAUCGCUUGAGCAUGGAGUUUUUUCCGUCCGAGAACUCCUGAUUGUGUUGGAUUUCGUCUUCAUGUCUCUGCUGAACUGUUCCGAAGUGUCCCUGUUCGUCCAUUUCACACAUGUCACUCAUAUCAUCGCAAAGUGCUUCAGGAUGGUCAACGCAAGGAUCCGGAAGGAACUCAUCAGCAAUGUGAUUGAACGGAUGCACAUGAACAACACUCUGCCUGAUGUUGACUUCACUCGUGCAAACCGCACUGUGCUCUCUAGAUCCAAGGAACUGAGGACUCUGAUGAACACCUACUGGAUGCUGUGUGACGCUGUACAUCAGGCUAAUGUCUUCUACUGCGAUCAGCUGAUGGCCGUGAUCUUCACUUCAUUCGUUCACGUCACUAUCACGUUUUACUACUGCUUCUUGAACCUCACGGACGGCAAAGUGAUCAGCUUCACUACUGAGGGGGCGCGGGUCCUGAAUCACAUAUUCUACGUCUUUGUGUUAAUGAACUCAAGCACAGACGUCACGAACUCGGCUGACGAAACAGAAGUGUUGAUCUGCAAGUUUAUGAACAAAGACCUGGACCCAAUUUUGAAGAAACAGCUGGAAGGGUUCCUGCUGCAGUUGCCUCAUCACAACGCAAGAUUCUCUGCUCUUGGAUAUUUCCCAAUCAACAACGAGACUCUCACAGCUAUGGCUGGAGCGGUGACAACGUACCUGGUGAUACUGAUCCAGUUCCAGCUCCAGCCAUCAUCCACGUAG